AUGCUGCAAGAACAGGGCGUGCCAUUGGACCUCAAGGCUGCGACGCUCUUUGGGUGCGUCCUGGCGCAACAGUGCCGCACGGACGAGCUCCUCAAGCUCAUUGCCCACAUGCAAGAAAAUGGGAUCGAACCGGACGCGUUGUUUCUGCGCGACAUUCUCGCACGGCUCUACCGCCACUACGACGUGGACAAGUGCCUCGAUUUUUGCAAGCACGUGCUCUCGGUCGCGCGCUGCCAAG